UUGCAGAGUCUGAUAAAAUACGAGGUCGGGUAAAUAAAGCAGGGGACAUGGAAGAGGGAUCUACAGGGACCCGAUCCACUCGAAGUAAGACAAGGAGUGCUCUUCAGCAAAAAGUUGUGGUUAAAGAGAAGGGGACGUUAAAUUCAGCACAUCAACGGGAGAUGGGGGAGCAGGAAGCGGUGACGACGGGGUUAGAAAAAGAGACAGAAGAAAUCAACAAGGUAACAUUAGUUCAGAACGGUAAAGCAAAGAGGAAGGAUGGCGGUUUAUCUGGACAAGACCGUAGAACUGAAUCGGAACAAACGGAUGAGCCGGCGUCACAAGCCACAACGGAUGGACAGGUGUUGGAGCAAAGUGCGCAAGAGAAAUUGGAAGUGGUUGAAAACCGGGAGUUAAGGGGACGUCAAACGACGCCGGAGAAACCGUCUUCCCAAGUAAUACCCAAGGGGAAGCCGAAGUCUGGGAGAGUAUGGAAGGAUUCCAAUAAGAAGAGGUUCUCUCUUAUGGUAAAAGAUCGCCCACUUCGUACUUCCUGGGAGGCGAAGAUGAAAGAACGACGGGAAAAGAAAAUGCUCAAAAACUAUUCCCAGCAGUUGAAAGAUGAAAAGCAACAUGAGAAAGAAGAAAGAAAAAAACGCAGAGAGGAGAAUCUGAAACGCCGACUUGAAAAUGAGAGGAAGGGAGAAGUCGUACAAGUGAUUCGGAAUCCAGCUAAAUUGAAACGUGCUCGAAAGAAGCAGCUCCGUCAAGUUGAGAAGAGAGACACAUUAAAGCGUUUGCAGGUUGGGAAAAAAACAGCGAAUGAGCCCCCUGCCAAGAAACCUAAACAAAAGGACACAGUUUCCAGCUGAUUAUAUCUUUUCUUUGACCUCUGAUGGUUUGUUUGUCGGGGACUACUAUUAGUAAUAUCCGCAAAAGAGUAAAUGGCUGUAUUUUGUACUUGACCGUUUUUGAAACCUUUAUGAUACCAAAGCCUCCUAACAUGGAGAUAAAAUCUUAUUUGUAAUUUCUAUACAGUGAAAAGAACACCCCUGCAGAUGACAUGUAUGUAGCUUAAGUGAAGGCUAACAUGGUUUUUCUUCUUGUUGUACAGAAAAGAAGCUAGUAUCAGAUAAAUAAGUUUACAAUUUUACAAAAA